AUGGAUGAAAAUAGUUUUAAUUUUAAUCAUGGAAAUGACAUUGAACAUGAUGGAGAAGGAGGUGCGUUUUUGGAAAGAAGGGAGAGUAAUACGUCGACGUAUUCUGAUAGAGAAGGAGCCGUUAGAGAGCCGUUGCUGAAGAGCAGGGUCAACACAACAUCUCAGAUUGCUAUUGUUGGCGCCAAUGUUUGCCCAGUUGAAAGUCUCGAUUAUGAGAUCGCUGAAAAUGAACUAUUUAAGCAGGAUUGGAGGUCUAGGAAAAGAGUUCAAAUAUUUCAGUAUGUUAUUCUCAAAUGGGCUCUUGCUCUUCUUAUUGGAUUUAGCACAGCUCUUGUUGGAUUCUUCAAUAACCUUGCUGUUGAAAAUAUUGCCGGUCUCAAGCUUCUGCUCACCAGUAAUCUGAUGCUUGCGGAUAAGCAUUGUCAGGCAUUUGCAGCAUUUGCUGGUCUCAAUAUGAUUUUGGCCAUUUGUGCUGCAGUGCUAUGUGCACUCAUUGCCCCUGCAGCUGCUGGGUCUGGCAUACCUGAGGUGAAAGCCUAUCUCAAUGGUGUGGAUGCUCAUUCCAUUUUGGCUCCAAGCACCUUAUUAGUCAAGAUUUUUGGUUCCAUUUUUGGAGUUGCUGCUGGAUUUGUUGUGGGCAAGGAAGGACCUAUGGUGCACACUGGUGCCUGCAUAGCAAAUUUACUUGGACAGGGAGGCUCUCGCAAAUAUCAUUUAACCUGGAAAUGGCUCAGAUACUUUAAAAAUGAUCGAGAUCGCAGGGAUCUGAUUACUUGUGGAGCUGCUGCUGGUGUGGCUGCUGCUUUCCGUGCACCAGUUGGUGGUGUUCUUUUUGCUCUUGAAGAAGCAGCCUCAUGGUGGCGGAGCGCUCUUCUUUGGAGGACUUUCUUCACAACCGCUGUUGUAGCUAUGGUUUUGAGAUCUCUCAUACAAUUUUGUAAGAGUGGAAACUGUGGAUUAUUUGGACACGGAGGUCUGAUCAUUUUUGAUGUGAAUUCAGCAAUCCCUUCUUAUAACACUCCCGAUCUACUCGCAAUUAUGUUAAUUGGAGUUCUUGGAGGCAUUUUGGGAAGCCUUUACAAUUAUCUUGUGGAUAAGGUCCUUAGGACAUACAGCAUCAUUAAUGAGAGAGGUCCUGCUUUGAAGAUCCUGCUUGUCAUCGUCGUUUCUCUUCUAACUUCUUGUUGUGCUUACGGCCUUCCAUGGUUUGUAGCAUGCACUCCCUGCCCCACUGGCUUGGAUGUGCAGUGCCCCACAAUAGGACGUUCUGGCAACUACAAAAUUUUCCAAUGUCAGGAAGGGCACUACAAUGAUCUUGCCUCCCUUUUCCUUAACACCAAUGAUGAUGCCAUCCGUAAUUUAUUUAGUUCAAGAAACAAAAACGAAUUUCAUUUCUCCUCGCUAUUUAUUUUCUUUACUGCUAUGUUCUUCCUUGGUGUUAUUACCUAUGGUAUUGCCAUACCUUCUGGGCUCUUUAUUCCUGUCAUACUUGCUGGAGCCUCGUAUGGGCGCCUACUUGGGAGACUCUUGGGAUCUUUUGCCAGUCUUGAUGUUGGUCUCUUUGGUCUUCUUGGAGCUGCUUCCUUUCUUGGUGGGACCAUGAGAAUGACAGUAUCUCUUUGUGUCAUACUCCUGGAACUUACUAAUGAUCUAUUGAUGCUCCCAUUAGUGAUGCUUGUUCUUCUUAUUUCAAAAACUGUUGCAGACAGUUUCAACAAGGGUGUAUAUGACCAAAUAGUGAAGAUGAAGGGUUUGCCGUACAUGGAAGCCCAUGCUGAACCGUACAUGAGGCAGCUUGUCGCUGGAGAUGUUUGCUCUGGCCCCUUGAUUUCAUUUUCCAGUGUUGAGAAAGUAGGUAACAUAGUGCAUGCUCUGAGGAUGACCAGGCAUAAUGGAUUUCCUGUGAUUGAUGAGCCACCAUUCACUGAUGCACCAGAAUUGUGUGGCUUGGUUUUGAGGUCUCACUUGCUUGUUUUACUGAAUGCAAAAAAGUUCACAAAGAACCGGGUCUUGAUCAGAUCUGAACUUCUAAGGAUGUUUCAUGCUUUUGAUUUUGCAAAGCCAGGAUCUGGAAAGGGGCUUAAGGUUGAAGAUUUGGACAUCAAUGAGGAGGAAAUGGAGAUGUAUGUUGAUCUCCAUCCAAUUACUAAUACAUCUCCAUACACAGUAGUAGAGACUAUGUCUCUGGCCAAAGCUGCUGUCCUCUUUCGGGAACUUGGUCUCAGACACUUGUGUGUUGUCCCAAAGACACCAGGGAGGCCUCCUAUUGUUGGAAUCUUGACGCGACACGACUUUAUGCCAGGGCAUGUUUUGGGACUCUACCCACAUAUCGUUCCCCACAAGUACGCUUGA